AAGAGCAUCGUCAUCCCUUUUCCCGUGCAUAUUCUAAACAAUAACAGUCACGAGUGUGAAACAGCUGUGCAAUCAGCAGUUUUUUGUUGAUGUUCCAAUCGUUCGUGUUCUAAUCGCGUUUUGCGGAUAGUUUUUCGCGUGAUUUCACCAGAAUUUGUUCCGAUUGUGUUGUGCUGACUAAAUCAUCCGGAGUUAACCAGCUUUUAGCAACAGACUCGCUAGUGCUGAUCCAAUGAAAAUGGCCAACGAGGAAGUCGACGACACCGAGUUCUUUCAGCAGGAUUUCACCACCGCCUCGGAGUGGGAGAUUUUUAACGCUCGAUUGGAGGAAAUCUUCCACGAGUGGAAACUGUCCUACGGUGGGGCGUCGAUGGGAAGCCCUAGGGCGGCACCGUUGGGACCAAACCAGCUAUCGCUUUGCGAGUGGACUAUCGCUAAGGAGAAGAUAAAGUUCGCAGACGUUGAGCUGGACGUCGUGCGGAUCAAGGCUAAUGUGAACAGUGAGGAGGACGCAGUGGCCGUUGGCGAGGAUGUGGAGCCUGGUGAUUGUCAGGCUUUUGUGGAUCUGCUGGCUAACGGGAAUGAUUACUGCAUCAUUGAUCAGAAGGCAGCCGAAGGAGAGUUGCAUCCACUGGCUCAGUGGUACGGAUUGAGAGAGUUUGUCGUGAUUGUUCCGGUGAAGGGUUCCAUUACCAACGAAAGUCAGAUUCGUAUUCUGAUGAGUUCGAUCCACAUCGCGGUCGGCGAGAGCGGUUGCGACGUUCCAGUAUUUGUGCAAGUGCUGGACAAGGUCCAGAAUGUGUUUCUUGGGGUUUGCGAAUCCGGCUCGACGCGGUUGUCGUUCGAUAUCGUGCACUUGAAUGUUACGCCGCCGACGUGCAGAUAUCUGUCCGGAUUGUUGGAUGUUUUCAAGGGCAAAGUUGGGGUACCUUAUAUGGAUCCGGUCGCGGUUUCCGUUCGUUUCACGUACUCUCUGUCCAAGUUUCUAAGUGCCUCCUACGUGGUCCCGAAGAAGGUUCCGUUCUCCCCCAACGGUGACGACGAAGACACCGGAGAUGCAAUAAUUUCCCUUCCAUUUGGAGUGGCCAUCGAUCCGGUAUCGGAAUUGGUUCUGCAUUGCACGUGGCCACACGUCGCUGAUAAUGUCGUGAUCGACUCCCAAACAUACUCCGAUUUUGAUCCUCUAACAGCCCCACUCUGGAGUCUGAGGGCCCACUUCGAGGACACUCCGGUUUGCUACAUGUCCGAUUGCAUCCAGGAGUUCCUGCAGGUAUCCGAUUCUCGUCGGGCCAUCACGGAAUACUUCCCGGAGCUUGCAUUCGGAGCAACCCAAAACCUAGAAGGCUCCAAGGCCCUAGAACGUCUAACCGAGUCCAAGAUCCCGACUUUAACGUCGGUCCUGCCGGGAGCCUCUUCCAGCGGAUCCAAACAGCCGGACCACAUCAAACUGGAAGGACCCAUAAACGAUCACCUUCUGAAAGAUAUGCUCUACUACCUGUUUCCCGAUGCGCAGAAGGAUGCCCUGCAGCACGAGUACCAGAUGCCCUCCCCGGGCCAAGCGGAGUUCGAUCCGUUGAAGAUUAAAUCGGCCAAUCCGGAUUCGUUGGUCCAUCGGCUGGCGCUACUGCUGGCCGUGUGUAAUUCCUACUACGGUGGGAAACGUGCCGUUGCGCAGCUGUGGGCCGAGUUUUCCCAGGAGAUGCGCUACCGAGUGGAACGCUGCAUUCAGAUACCAGGGUAA